CUUAGAGUGGGUAGUUUGGACAGAACCAGGAGCACGUCGAGACCAAGGGCAAGAACUUCUACUUCAUCUUCUAGUACUUGUACCAGUAUUUUCUCCCAACAUCACAGAGUUGUCAUCAACGUGCCUGCAGGAAUCGCAUCUAAGGUGGACUGGGAUGAGGUUGUGAGGCAAAGCAAGUCUCCCUGCAAGAAGUUGGAUUGCGAAGGUGAAGCGCUGCUGUACGCGUGUGACUUGAGUGGGUUCUAUUUUCGCGAUACGGAGACUGCGCGAACUACCGGUAAUAUGGACGAGCGCAGUCUGUAUCGACAUGGCGUCUUCGGGCGCUGGCAUUCGGUUUCCAUCACCUUCAACACGGACGUUCUAUCCUUGCAGCUGCCGAUGCUCAGAGACGUGGUAACAAGCGCGUCUUCCACAUUCAGUACAGGAGUAGGCAAAAAAAGCAAAACUUUGAAUGUCCUC